CGAAAUACCAAACUCCAAAUUUAUGUGUAUCAAACAUGCAAGGGAUUAAAAAUUCAAAUCUUUAGCUCAAAUUUAUAUCAAAUCACAUCCAAAAGUACAGCAGCUGUUAUUGAUUCCGAUUUAUGACUUUUUUCCAGAAAAUUUCACUAUCUCAAAUGGAUCCCCGGCGGAGUGGUCAAGACGUCAUCCGCUGUGAACUGUGCAAGGAGAAUGUUGGGGAGAUGUACUGCGAUUUCUGCCACAUCCGACUUUGCAUACCCUGUAUUGGCAGCCAUAUUGCUAAUGGUUACGACAACCACAAAGUAGUGCCAUUCCAAAAGCGGAAAUCAACCCUCGUCUACGCAAGAUGCACUAUUCAUGAGAACAAGAGAAAUAAGUUUAAGUGUGUAGAAUGUAACGUUUGUUUAUGUUCUCUCUGUGUGUCUUCCAAUUCCCACAAAGGACACGAUUUAGUUCAUUUAUCUCAGGUGAAUUUGACCACAAAGCAGUCGGUUCGAAAAGAUGCGCGAGAACUUAAAAAUAUCAUAUCUCCAACAUAUGACGCUAUUGUUUCUGAACUUGAAUCCCAAGUGGCUGGAUUAGACAAUGCCUAUGAUGAGGUAAUUUUUUCAAUAAUCCAACAUGGCGAAAAAUUGCACAAAGAAGUCGACAAUGUCAUUGGCAACAUGAAAAAUGAAUUAAAUGAAAUGAAAAAUAGCCAUCUUGAUAUUUUGAAGAAAAAGUUGGACGGAGUUGUCCAACAGCGAAAUUCAAUUCAACAAGCAAUGCGUUAUUUGUGGGAAAUUGAGCAAUCAAACGAUAUAAUGGAAAUUAUGGUGUACAAAUCUAGAAUAGAAGAGUUCAGACAACUUCCAUAUAAGGUCCAAAUUACAUUACCAACGUUCAAUGCUAAAUCAAUAAAUACAGAAGAUAUGCGCAACAUCUUUGGUUUUUUAACACGAUUUUCCAGUGCAUUAGAUGAACAAGGAUAUACACUGAAGAGAAAACAACCAGAAAUUAAGGAAUUUCUGAAUGAAGAGGAACUAGUGACCACGUUUAUAACAGAAUUGGAGGGACUUAAUAGUAUUGCUGUCGUAGGAAAUGAGAACAUCUGGAUCAGUAGAAAAGCUUCCGACAUGAACUGCUUUGAUAGUGAAGGCAGACUUACAAAAACAAUACAUUCAAGCACGGGAGAAAUACCAAAUGAUAUCACAGUCACUGAAGAUGGAGAUAUUCUCUAUACUGACUGGAAGUCAUCGUCCAUAAAUGUUGUGAAGAAUGGUACUGGUAAUAUAGAAGAAAAGAUCACCUUGCAUGAAUGGAUACCUGUCAACCUAUGUGUCACUUUCUUUAACGAUUUGCUCGUUUCUAUGUACAAAGAAGACGGUUCAGAAUCAAAGGUUGUCCGAUAUACAGACUUCGUUGAGAAACAGACGAUACAGUAUGGAGACAAUGGACAACAAUUACUUUCAGCCAACAAUUUCAUCAAAUAUUUGGCGGAAAAUAGAAAUCGGGACAUCUGCGUUGCCGACAAUGGAGCAAAUGUAGUGGUUGUGGUUGCUCAGAGUGGUCGUCUCCGAUUUCAGUAUAAUGGGCAACCACAAAGCUCUCCAAAUCAGCAACAGUUCCACCCUUUUGGUAUAGCAACGGACAGCCAAUCCAACAUACUGACGUCAGACAGUGACAACCACUGUAUCCAUAUCAUAGAUGCAGACGGUAACUUUUUACGUCACCUAAACUCUUUUUCUGAUCCUUGGGGGAUAUGUGUCGACGAAAAUGACAUUUUGUACGUGGCAGAACUGAUCACUGGAAAUGUCAAGAAAAUCAAAUAUCUAAAGAUAUUUUAUGCUCCCUUUCGAAGAAGGGACAGCGUGUUGCUUUGCUGUUGUCUGUCGGUCGGUCCACCAACAGUUUCCGUUCAUUUUCUUCGCAAAAAAUGCUCAUAUUGAAAUGAAAUUUGGUAUACAAGUUUAUCAUAAUAAUAUCUAGAUCAGGUUUGAUUUUGGUUGCGAUUGAGCAAUUUGAUACAGAGCUAUGCUCCUUGGACGUAACAAAUUUCAAUCAUUUGCAGUUUCCGUUCAUUUUCUUCGCAGAGGGUGCACGUAUUGAAAUGAAAUUUGGUAUACAGGUUUAUCGAUAUAAUGUCUAGGUCAAGUUUGAUUUUGGAUACGAUCGAGCAAUUUUCAACAGAGUUUCAGUACCGAUCAGACUCAACCUAACAGAAAGUUAACCCCAACUAAACCCUAAAUUUACUCUGGGUAGACAGAUAAAAUACAGGUCUGCUUCACAUUUCAGUGUGUACAGAUGACCACAAAAGCAAUUCUCGAGUAAACCCAAAGUAAACCCAAAGAAAAGUAAACCCCGAAAGUAAACCCAGAAGGUAAACCCAGGCUUUAGUUGGGUUUUACUCUGGUGUUAAGCUGGGUCUGAUCGGUACUGUAUGCACCUUGGACAUAGAAAAAAUUCAAUUAUUUGCAGUUUCCGUUCAUUUUCUUCGCAGAUGUUUCCAAGGGAGGGGGCAUAAGUGUUUUACAAACAUCUCUUGUCAAUCUUGGAAUGGUGCUUUCUAGUAUUUCACCUAUCGAUAGUCAUACUAACUGUCCUUGUCGGCCUACAAAGGCUUUUGAACAUUUGAUACAGUGCAUACUAAAUUCAGCUUAAUUCGACACCCUAGAAGAUAAAGUCGUAGAACAGUUUACGGAAUUUAUGUACAUAUUAACAAACUACAGUCAUGUUUUUUACAAUAAAGAAAAUUGAAGUUGA